AUGAGUUCAAGUCCUGAUUUUGGUGGGAUGCUUCCUAAAGCGUUUAAAAAGAAAUCUUUCGGAGUAAAUGAAAAGCUUGGUAUCCAGAAGCUUUUUCGAAUGAUAUUUCUAGGUCCGACUCGCGACCCUGAUCAAGAGUUGUACGAUUACAUUAAAGAAAAACUACAAGGAUUCGUGACGUUUUAUGAUCCUGAUGCUCCUCCAAGCGUUGAUGCUAUCAAAGAGAUUCCAAAUGCUUUACAACUUUUUAUUAUUGAUAAUUAUUCCAACGAUAAGAAGCUUCAGAAAAUGAUUCGAUUGAAUUCUGAAUACAUAGCUAUUCUAAAAGCAAAUUCAAAACGCGAUCUCCAGUUAAUUUUGAAAGAUUUUAAUCUACCUGGAGUAAGGGAAGAUGAUAUUUACAGGUAUUACAAACAAGCAACAGCUCAGAAAGGCCAAAUAUUGUUCAUUGACUCUGUCAAGCAACAAAUUCGGAAGAAUUUCAAAGGUGAAAUUUAUAAUUAG